GAAAGAGGUGAAGCACAAGCCGUCCUGAAGAAUCUCCAGAACACGCAGAAAUUGUUUGCUACAUUUAAAAGACAAAUGAAGCCAAGUCCCGACAUGGAGAAACAUCAGCACUCUGUCAAGAGUUUUACUAAACAGAGUAAUCUCAAAAAACACCAGCGCAUUCACACAGGAGAGAAACCACAUCACUGCUCAGACUGUGGAAAGAGUUUUAAUCAACAGAGUAAUCUCAAAAGUCACCAGCGCAUUCACACAGGAGAGAAACCACAUCACUGCUCAGACUGUGGGAAGAGUUUUAAUCAACAGAGUGAUCUCAAAAAACACCAGCGCAUUCACACAGGAGAGAAACCGUAUUACUGCUCAGACUGUGGGAAGAGUUUUAAUCAACAGAGUAAUCUCAAAAGUCACCAGCGCAUUCACACAGGAGAGAAACCGUAUCACUGCUCAGACUGUGGGAAGAUUUUUACUACCCAGAGUGAUCUCAAACAACAUCAGCGCAUUCACACAGGAGAGAAACCGUAUUACUGCUCAGACUGUGGGAAGAGUUUUAAUCAACAGAGUAAUCUCAAAAGUCACCAGCGCAUUCACACAGGAGAGAAACCAUAUCACUGCUCAGACUGUGGGAAGAUUUUUACUACCCAGAGUGAUCUCAAACAACAUCAGCGCAUUCACACAGGAGAGAAACCAUAUCACUGCUCAGACUGUAGGAAGAGUUUUAUUACACAGAGUAAACUUAAAAUACAUCAGCGCAUUCACACAGGAGAGAAACCUUAUUACUGCUCAGACUGUGGGAAGAGCUUUAAUCGACUGGAGACUGUCAAACGGCAUCAGCGCAUUCACACAGGAGAGAAACCGCAUCACUGCUCGGACUGUGGGAAGAGUUUUACUGAACAGAGUGCUCUCAAAAAACACCAGCGCAUUCACACAGGAGAGAAACUGUAUCACUGCUCAGACUGUGGGAAAAGUUUUAAUCAACAGAGUAAUCUCAAAAUACACCAGCGCAUUCACACAGGAGAGAAACCGUAUCACUGCUCAGACUGUGGGAAGAGUUUUACUAAACAGAGUAAUCUCAAAAGUCACCAGCGCAUUCACACAGGAGAGAAACCGUAUCACUGCUCAGACUGUGGGAAGAGCUUUGAUUCAGCAAGUGAUCUCAAAAAACACCAGCGCAUUCACACAGGAGAUAAACCGUAUCACUGCUCAGACUGUGGGAAGAGUUUUACUCAAAAGAAUGAGCUCAAAAAUCACCAGCGCGUUCACACAGGAGAGAAACCGUAUCACUGCUCAGAGUGUGGAAAGAGUUUUAAUCAACAGAGUCAUCUCAAAAUACAACAGCGCAUUCACACAGGAGAGAAACCGUAUCACUGCUCAGACUGUGGGAAGAGUUUUAAUCGACAGUGUACUCUCAAAAAUCACCAGCGCAUUCACACAGGUGAGAAACCGUAUUACUGCUCAGACUGUGGGAAGAAUUUUACUGAACAGAGUAAUCUCAAAAUACACCAGCGCAUUCACACAGGAGAGAAACCGUAUCACUGCUCAGACUGUGGGAAGAGUUUUACUACACAGAGUAAUCUCAAAAAUCACCAGCGCAUUCACACAGGAGAGAAACCGUAUUACUGCUCAGACUGUGGGAAGAGUUUUACUCAACAGAAUCAUCUCCAAAAACACAAGUGCAGUAACACAGGAGAGAAAACUAUCCCAAAUUUGUUCCACGGCAAUUAAAAGUGCAAAUCCUAAGUCUUUCAGACAGAACACCUUAUCCUACACUAAUGUAUUACUCUGUCACUUGGGACACGUUCCACUAGAAACAAACAUGAACUGAAUUUAACAAUCGAUUUCACAGGUUCAGCAAAAUUAUUCUUAUCCAGGGAUGAUGUUUAUUGAAUUUCAUGUUAUGUUUUCUUGAAUGUUCGAUAUUCCAGAACAUUCUUCGUGAGACAGAGCUCAGUUUUUAGGGUAGUUACAGUAAGAGUUCAGUUCUGAAGAAGGGAAUGUCUUUCAAGUACAAACUACGGCAUUGCCAGAGCUUGCUCCAGACAUUAGAUUAGCAUUAGAUUAACAUAGUCUUUAACAUUUAGAUGUCAUAGUUGUUAGGAGUAGAGUAGGAUUCUUGCAACGAAAUGAUUUUGUUGCUGGAACACCCACUACACCCACUUUACCUAUUUUUGGUGGCCUAAUGUAAUUUAAUAACUUUCCCCACCUGAACACACACAUACCACAAACCCCAUCCAGGAUGCACUGGAAUUAGAAUAAAAGCCUUUGAUAAGUCUUUUCACAAAUCAAACCUAAAUUUCAAAUGACAUAUCUCACUUUUUCAUCUCUCCAGUCCUCUCAAGAGACCUAAAUGCUAGUUGGGUAAACCUUGUACAUUUUUUGUCAUUCCUCAAGCGAGCACUAAUUCAGACAACCGUCAAACUUUGGACUUCUACGACCUUAAAUAGUCACCAUCUGUGAUUGUCUCCCAAAUGAGGUGGACCAACAGUGCCAUCACCAGGACGAAGACCCGACUGCCAUUAUAAUACUAUAUAAUUCAACUUGCUAAAAUCCACAGAAACGCAAUCCACAAAGAGUUACUGCAAUUUAAGAGUUUAUGCUUGGUUAUUCCUGCAAAGCAUUGAGAAAAUAAGACUCGUUUAGUUAAAAGAAAUGUUCAAAGCUUUGGAUUCCAUUCCCAGCCUUGUAAGCUGAAAUUCUGUGGUGUAAACUGAUCUCUCUCACACCCGUCAUAAAUUCUGAUCAACAGGCUAAGAGCCAGGCGAAGAGAAUUUCUCACAAAGCAGAACAAAUAAGAAUAUACAUUAACUAAAUAAAAAGUUAUUUUACAGAAUAUUUACUAAAUAAUAUGCCACUUAUAGUGUAUGGGUAUAGAUGCUGUCCUGAUUAAAUUUUCAUACACAGUCAAGUCUGAAUCAACAAGGUUUAACUAGCAUUUAAUAAUUUUGCCUUAUUUGGUUAUUAGUGGUUUAUUAUUUUAUAGUGUUUGUGUUAUCUUUUCAAUUAUUUAAUUGGGUUUAAAUAUAAACAUGACUCUUUAUUUCUUUUUUGACAAGGACCAUACAUUGUUUCUUACUUCAGGAUUAUCUGGAAUGUUACCAACCUAUUUGUAGGAAAAA